AUGUCACCAUUUGAAGCAAUGUACGGAAGGCCGUGUCGAACGCCUUUGUGUUGGAACGAAGUUGGAGAAAGGACGAGCUUCAAUCACAAAUUGAUUGAUGAGACCACUGAGAAGAUCAAGUUCAUUCGUGAGAGCAUGAAGAAAGCGCAGGAUCGCCAGAAGAAGUACGCAGACCGUAAAAGGCGAGAAGUCGAAUUUGAAGUCGUAGAUAUGGUGUACUUGAAGGUUGCACAACAAAAAGGAAAGGAUUGCUUUGAUAAAGUGGGAAAGCUUGCGGUAAGGUUUAUCGGACCAUACCGGAUCGAGAAAAGAGUUGGAGAAUUAGCCUACCGGCUAUCUAUGCCUGAGGUUAUGCGAUUGCAUAAAGUAUUCCAUGUUUCACAACUACGGAAGCAUGUACCAGAUCCUAACAUGAUUGUGCCCGAGCCUAUCGAGGAGUUGGAGCCAAAUCUCACAUACCCCAAAGGACCAUUUGGAAUAGGGCAAAGAAGGACUCAGAAGUUGAAGAACAGGAGCAUUUCUCGAAUCCAAGUAUUUUGGGGAAAGCAAAACCGUAAAGUCACCACUUGGGAAGACGAGGAUAGGAUUCGUGCCAAAUAUCCCCAGCUGUUUACCGAAGAAGAUGAGGCAGGACCAUCGGAACCCUAUGGAAUUCUUGAAUGUAAUGACGCUCACCAAGGGGUAACCCUAGAGGAAAGUAGAGGGCAUGGUGAACGAUAG